UAAAAGAGAAAAAAAUGUCUGCAAGUCACGACGAACUUAUUUCCCAGUUUUCAAAUGUUACUGGAGCAGAUACAGAUAGAGCAAAGUUCUAUCUGGAGGCAUCCGAAUGGAAACUAGAUGCUGCACUUGCUGGGUUUUUCGACCAUGUAGAUGAAGGUGACUCAGUUGAUCCUGAGCCAAUGGAUGAACCUGUGGUAAUGGACAGCAGUCCCGCCCCUGCCUCUCUUGCCAAUCAGGCGACCAGUCAGGGUAGACAGACACAGGCUUCUUCAAGGUUUGCUACAAUUGGUAGUCUACACCAGCAGUCCCAAGAUUCUAGUGAGGAUGAAGGGGGGCAAGAGUUUUAUGCAGGAGGAGAGCGCAGUGGGGAAUUGAUAGUUGGACCAGGAAAGAAAAAGAACUCAAGUAAACUUGUUGAACAAAUGUUUAAAUCCGCAAAAGAGCAUGGAGCAGAGGAGGUUCAGGCUGGGUCCGCUAUAGCUUCACAUGGUGCUGGGCCUUCAUUUGUGGGUUCUGGUUUCAAACUAGGAGAUUCAGAAACUGCUCCCUCAGAGAAAGUAAGAGGGGCAGAUGCACCCCCUAAACAGACUGCUGUUGUAUUGAAAUUUUGGAAGAAUGGGUUCAGUGUUGAUAAUGGCCCACUACGAGAUAUGACCGAUCCUAACAAUAAGGAUUUUCUAGAUUCUGUAGGGAGAGGUGAGGUGCCAACCGAGCUAACCAAUUUGGCCAAAGGGGGAGAGGUGUCUGUUAAUAUGGAAGAUCACAGAGAAGAGGAAUUUGUUGCCCCUAAAGUUGUGGCUAAACCAUUUACUGGAUCUGGACACAUGUUAGGAAGUGUUGUACCAACUGUAGUGAGCACUAAGCCAGUUGAACAGAAACAUGUAGACUCCGCCAACAAUACAGUCGCACUUGAUGACUCUAAACCAAAAACACAGAUACAGAUUAGACUAGCUGAUGGUUCAAGGAUGGUGGCAAAGUUUAACAAUACACAUACAGUGAGAGACAUAAGGAAUUAUAUCAUAACAGCUCGACCACAAUUUUCAGGAACAAAUUUUAUUCUCUUAACAACAUUUCCAAAUAAAGAGUUAACCGAAGAAGACAUUAGUUUAGAAGCAGCCAAUUUACUCAAUGCAGUUAUUGUGCAAAGACUUAAAUAGUGAUCUAACCAUUUGUGUGGGUGAUGGCUCUGGAAUGUUCUUGGUAUUAAAGGAUGGUGACUUUAAAAGCGCAACAUCUGAGAGUAUCAGGAAUGACCUUACAAGAUCUUCAUCAUUGUGGACAUAGGACCUUAUUUAUGUGUGGAUACUCAAUGUGUCAAAAGCUAGGAAUAGAUCUGUUGAACAUCAUAUAGAUCGCUGCCAGCAAUUU